UGGGUGUGAGCUGAGACGUUAUAGCAACGAACUACAAACGGUAUCUGAAUUUCAACAAACGGGAACCGAAUUGUUUUCAAAUAGCUAGCUAUGUUAUCAAUUGUUUGUUUUGCUAAUAUCUGUUUCAUUUUGAUAAAAUUUGUCGUCCGUUAAGACCUCAAUUUAAAAACUCAAAACGAUAAUUGAUGGUCAUCGCUCUCCGUUCCUGUUGGAUUUAAUCUGCUUAGCUACUGAAGUCCUGAUCAGGAUUCGCGGUCUGUCAAUGAGGAACUACAGGCUCAUCUUUUGCCAUAGCCUGAAGCAGCCAUAGAUGACCAUUUGAUUCACUGCUAGUGAGUGGUGCUGAAGAUAAGGUGAACUACUGGGUGUUUUAAGUGCUAAACGACCUUUGGAAACAGCUCGGCUGUGGAAGCGAUGAGGAAGAGCCUCUCACCUUCCCCCAGCGACUCCCUGACACCAGCCAGGGUUUUUGGGGUUCCCCUAGAUGUGGUGCAGCAGAGCGGCCAGCCAGGCCAGGAGGUCCCCCUACUGGUCAGGCACAUCGUAGAGUACAUCGAGGAGCAUGGGCGUCUGGAUUUGGAGGGGCUGUUCCUAGUCAAUGGUAACGCGGAGCGGGUGGAGUGGCUGCGGCAGCGCUAUGACUCUGGGGAGGAGGUGGACCUGGAGAAGGAGGCUGACCUGGCCUCUGCUGUCAGCCUGCUGCGUCUCUUCCUGCAGGAGCUCCCAGAGCCCAUCAUCCCUGCAGGCAUGCAGUCCCACAUCCUGCAGCUCUACCAAGAUUACAGCAGUGAGGAAGAGCUCGCCCGCAACAUGAAGUACUUCCUCCAGCAGCUGCCUCAGGUUAACUACAGCCUGCUGCGCUUCCUGUGCCGCUUCCUGUCCAGCGUAGCCUCGCUCCAGGAGGAAAGCUGGAGUGUCGGCGCCCUCGCCGCGGUAUUCGGACCAGACAUCUUCCAUUUAGACACGGACGUGGAGGAUCUGAAGGAGCAGGAAUCAGUUAGCCGCAUUCUGGCGGAGCUGCUGGAGAAUCAGGAGGAGUUCUUUGACUCGGAGGAUGAUGACGUUUCCACCACCGACUACAGCUCCAUCAAUGAACAGAUCACUGAGCUCCUGGACGAUGAGAAAUUAGAGGCAUGUGAGGAGCUGCCCCAGGACGGCGAGGGCGAGGAAGGCCCCCCUUCCGCCUCCGAAUCCCCCCAACACAGUAACGCGCAGGUCACUCCCUCUUCAAGUUCACACAUCUCCCCCAUCAGCGUUCUUCCAGGAUCUGCAGACAUUAUAGAGCGGACCAUCCGCGCAGCGGUGGAACAGCACUUCUUUGACCUCAAGAGCUCCAUCGACCAGGAGAUCAGCAGCUAUGAGAGCCAAGGCGCGGGCCCCAGUGAAAAGCAGGUGACGGGGCCAGGGCCAUUUGAUGGCCAUGGAGAGGAGGGCCCGUGUACGAGUAAGGAGGGCCCCGCAAGCAGUCCCCUGUCAGCCCCAGAGACAGAGAGCCACUCUGAACACAGCCCACAGGCCCAACAGGAGGUCGAGGAUUGUGACUCCCAAGGCGCCAUCCUGGAGGAGAGUUCUGGAAUGGACCUGGAUGCCGCAGAGGCUCUUGUAGAUGCAGAGAACAAUAUCAACACUGCCAGGCAAGAAAGCCAAUCCUGUGACAAGAUGGACCAGGCCGAUCUCAUCACCUGUGACUCUGAUGAGUAUGACCAGAACCCCAACACAGAGGCCAAGGGGUACCCCUACCACCCUGCCAGCUCGCACCACCUCCAACUCAGCCGCAUCUUCCCCCACAACCAGUGGGAAGACCCAGUGCCAGCCUACAAGUCAUGGCAGGACGAGAGUGACUCUGGCGAGGCCCAGCUGUCCCCCCUGGCGGGGCGCAUGGUGCCCUUGCCCCACGAGGAGGACGCUCACCCCCUCAUGGCCCGCCGGUUCUUGGACUUUGGCCACAGCCAACGGUUCCUGCAGCACUCCGACCCCGACGCAACCUCGCCCACCAAAGCCCACCACUCCCUGGGGAGGCCUCGCCGUGCCUCCUUCAGUUCCAAAGAGAGCGGUUUGAGGAACGACUCUGUCUCCCACCAGCUCACCAAAAAACUACAGAGCCUCAAGAAGAAGAUCAAACAAUUUGAGGAACAGUUUGAGAACGAGAGGAACUACAAGCCGUCUCAUGGAGAUAGAGCAGCUAACCCAAAGGUCCUCAAGUGGAUGACAGACCUCACCAAAAUCCGCAAACAGUUAAAAGGAAGACCACAUCUCUUUCCCAAAGGGUCCCUGAGGCACCAGGCGGUGCUUCAGUCAUACAGACGUCACCACCCCUCCUCCUCCGCCCCGAACACAUCCCAUUUUACACUUGCACGCCCCCUCACUGCCUGUAGACAGGCACCCUACCUAUAUGCCAAACACAAAGAGGCUGAGCUGACUCCUCAGACGCGGCCACGCAGCAACACCUUGCCCAAGAGCUUUGGUUCCACCCUGGCAGUCCACGAGGUUGUUGAAGAAGCCAAGGGCCACCGGCCCACCAAAGAGGAGACCCUGGACCUCAUCCAGCGCCGCGUCAAGGGCAAGAGAGAGGAGGACGGCUGGCCAGAGGACAUCAAGAAAAUGACCAAGGAGGAGCUGUCGUGUGAGAAGACUGUCCUACAGAAGAACCUCCUGCACUACGAGGGACUACACGGCCGACCUGUGACCAGAGAGGAGAGGCUGGUGGUCAAACCGCUGUACGACCGCUACCGUCUGGUCAAGCAGAUGCUCACCCGCGUCAGCAUCACCCCCAUCAUCGCUUCCCCCUCCAGCAAAAGACGCAACCAGACCCUGCAGCCCAUCAUCGAGGGCGAGACGGCCCACUUCUGCGACGAAAUUGAGGAGGAGGAUGAGGGCGAGGAGGAGGCUAUAGCCGAGGAGGUCCAGAGUUCAGGGUCGGAGGUGAUCAUGGCUCUAGACCCAGUGUGCCAGCCCCAGACCAGCUCCCAGAGAGACAGAGACAGCCUGCUCAGGCCCAAGAUGGAGGAGACCUCUGGGAAACUGGCCCUGGACCUGCGACUGUCCAGCUCCAACGCCUCGUCCAUGCCCGAGCUCCUGGAGCAGCUGUGGAAGACCCGGGCAGAGAAGAAGAAGUUGAGGAAGACUAUCCGCGAGUUUGAAGACGAGUUCUACCAGCAGAACGGCAGGAAUGUCCAGAAGGAGGACAGGCUCCCCAUGAUGGAUGAAUACAAAGAGUAUAAACGGAUCAAGGCCAAACUGCGUCUGCUGGAGGUGCUCAUCAGCAAGCAGGACUCCUCCAAGUCCAUCUAGAGAGGGAGCGGCCACCCUGCUUCCCUCCCUUCAUCCCACCGGACACAGAGGGUCAACUGCCUCACCCCGGGCAUACAUGUCACCCCUACAUGGCCCAUACCCCUCCCCAUCCCUUAUCAACCAUCCCCCUACCUGCACCGCUGAGGGAAGGCAUGUCAGCCACCAUGUCCCGCUGCUGUCUCACCACCACAACCCAUCUGUUUCUACCACCGCCAGCUUAUGUACAGUCAAGGGGUCCUCACUGGGGACUCUGAGGGAGAAGAGUCACAUCUUCAUUCCACCAGUCAAGACUCAACACACCCCUUUUUUUAAAACUUUCUGUCAGUUUCAUUCGGAGGAGUUCCCCCUUUCCUCAUUAGAUUUGUUUUUCUUGUAGCCCCCCCCCCCCCCCCUGAACUUUUCACGUACGGUAGUUUCUCAUACUGAGAAAUCAUAUUGGAGAGGACAGGAGCUCUGUUUUGUAGCGCAUUUUAGUCACCUGGCCACCUGUUUAGACGUAACAAACUGAACUCUCCCUCCCUUGGAGCGAGGAGACUGGUCAUCCUUUUUCAGACAUUCAGACUCGCAUGGAUUCAGUUGCCCGAACUCGAUCUUCAUCCUUCAACACUGGGACGCUUUUGUGUUUCGUCUGAGUGAGUUUUUGGGAGAGAGAGCGAGAGAGAGAAAAAAGUCAUUACUGUGUAUGUGUUCUUGUAAAUCAAUAUGUACACACAAAUGUUUCUAUGUUACAGUAUGUUGUUUUUCUUGAAUGCAGAGUAAUUCCUUCUUGGUUUUGAAAAUAAUCUUACUGAGUUAGUGUGUUGUUCCAUUCCCUUUGCCACUAUGGAAACUGGAGUGAGUUUUAUCAGCUGGGACUGGUUGUGCUGUUCCUUUCUCUUCGUUUUUUUCAAAUAUUUGGAUCAUCAGUCAUCACUGAAAGGAGUUUUGGCACACCAGGUGGGCAGGACAGCCAGUUAGGUGUAUCACUUAGUGUUCCUGUACCUUAACCGUCUCCAUUGUCUGGCAAUAAAGCUAGACUGCUUGACUUAUUUUCAAUCUAUAUUUUGUUUUAUACGCGUUAAAGUUCAGUUGCGGAGUGGAUCUUUGUGCAAGGUGUCCAGAAUGGGGGGUGGUGGAUGGGUUGUGAGAUUAAAGCUAAGGUAGUUUCAACCUCAUCAGUAUUAUGCUAAAUACAGCAUAUGGCAAUGUUAGGGCGUGAUAGACGGUUCCUAGCCCUGUUCGAUGGACUUUAACCUAGCGUUCCAUCCUACAGUCAGUGGACCACCUCUUAGUAUGGCAGACAUACACUCCCAGGUGCCCAGUUAUACAACCAGGUGUGUUGACCAAAACCCUACUGCCACACAGCCAGUAUUUAACCCCCAGUGGUGUGUGUGUGUGUGUGUGUGUGUGUGUGUGUGUGUGUGAUUGUGUGUGUGCUGAUGGACAGUGGUCGGGCGGACCAUCCGGCUUCUUGAGGACAGCCAUAGAUAAGUUAUCGCCAUUUGGCUGCCAGUCAGUCUGGAGGUUCGGUCAGCCCUGUGCCCAGGUUAAGAUGACAAACAGUCCUCAUGUCAUAAUCUCCUUUUAGUCACUGGGGAAUGUGAGGUAAACUAGGCGUCUUCGUCUAAGGUUCCACUUUAGUACGCAGGACGGUGUCUCAAAGGGAAGUUCCCAAAUUGAGCCGAGAACAGGAUCAGCUGACUUCCUGGCUUGUAACAACUUGUCACAACGUCUAGCUACUGUAUGUUGUUGCACCAAAAGUUCAACGUGUCCUUGGUUAGCGAUCACUGACCCACUGCAAAAGAGCUACAUUCCUUCAAUCUAGAGUCACACAAUGUCAGGCUAUUGCUGUACAUGUUUUCUCUGGUGCGAAGGGUCUCUCUCUCAGUGGGUGUUGGUUGGUUGGUAAACGUCUAUUUUUCAUUAUGGGAUAUGUCCCAUAGUGAGCCAGAGUGUUUGACCAGGCAAUGUAGAGCCAGGUCAUUGUCAGGUCUUGGGGAGUUGUCUGACCACAGGGCUCUGAGAAGGCUUUACCACGGCCAAGCAGAACCAACAGCACCUUCACCCCUGACAAUUUACGUCAAGGGUCAACUUAUUGAUGUCUCUAGAGGCCGAAAGCUCUUCUGGGCUUCAAUAUAAAGGUCACAUACAACAACAACAGAGUCCAAGUUUUGCAUAUUUGGAAUGAGGUGUGUCUGGUCUGUCGGCAUAAUGCCGCCUCGGAGUGCUGUUGCCUGCCACUCCUUAAUGGUCAUUGAUCCUAGCCUUUGACCCCUAGCCAAACUAGCAGGCAGCCCAGAGGCAGCAUCACAUCACUAUCCUUCAGAAGCUCUCUGGACUUGACAAAACCAAGCAGGAGCUUUCGAGUAGAGCAACGACCUUUCGUCUGUUCAGUUGACUAGUUCUAGUCCUGGCAAUUAAAUACAAAAAAACAUUUGAUGUUGUAGACUAAAUGUCUCUGCACAUUAGGGUGGGGAGGGGAAUUAGUGCUGUUUGCUUGUUUCGGAAUGGGAAGGCACCAUCAGUGGCACCAACUGUAAGGAUCUGCAUCUGCUUCAGGAGGUGGAAUAAUGGAGUAUAUUGUCAGUCAGACCAACACACCAAGAAUAUAGGGAAUCUAAUUUUGCCUGAAGGAUGUUUGCGCUGAACCAAGAGUUUUGCCUUGGUCCCUCACUGGGUCUAAACCAAGUCAUGUAACCUUUGUUUGAGUUGGCAGGGUGUGGUGUAUGUAUGGGUGGACAGUGUGGGGAGGUUCUAGAAGUUAUUUGCACAGCAUUCUGAGAAUGCAGCCCUUGUUUUGUUUGUCUAUUUGUUCCUUGUUUUAGAAGCACUACUUAUAUCUGAAGGAUGAAUGUCAGAAUUUAAAUUAUUUCUAACACAUUUGGCCCCUUGUUUCAAUUUCUGUGAUGUUCAAACUUGAGAAUGUGUUUUUUUUAUUACCAUUAUUUUGUAUUUGACAAAUGUGCCCCUCACUAAUACAUCUAUACAGUGUAGUACCUCUGUAUUGGCUAAUAAUCUGCUAUGUUUUUGUUUUGUAUAAGCUAGUCUCAGUAGUUUGCUUGCAUGGCAAAGAUUUGUAUUGUUUCUAUUUUUGUGCCAUGAAGAUGAAGCAAUAAAUGAGCAUCAAUGGAAUGUGGGGCCUUGUUAACCCACUAUGUGCAUUUUCUGAGUAUAUGGCUGAUUAAUGUUUAAUCUAUAUUAAUGGGACUAACUUGGUCUGCUGUUUUUUUUUUUCCUUGCAGACCAACCCAUGAAACUGUCACUUGACUAACUGCUGUGAGAGUUCCAACGCGACUCAGUUUUCUGUCUGCUAAAACCAGCAUUUUUACCACUUGUCAGCAUAAUGUUUUCUGGGGCACUGCUUUAACCAAAUGAGAAGAGAUUAUCAAUGUGGUGACAAUGAUCGAGGUAUAUUUGGACCAAACAUUCCAAUUUGUAUUAUUUUAAAAGAAAAUAAAUGUGAAAUUGGUCGAUCGAUUUUGUUAUUUCCAUGUCAAAUUUAAGGGCUUUUUUUAACUCUCAUUUUGUGUUGUGCCUGCAACAAGUGGUAAAAAUCAUGUGAAGCCCACAGGCUAUAAGGAUGUACACUGACCCUGUUCAUAGCCCCAUGCCAUCCCACGCAUGUUUGUUUUUCUGGCCCAUGGAGCCGGUGGCAGGUUGCAUCAACUGACUAGCCGAUCAGCCACUGGCUCCCAGAGCCUCCCUAUCUAUAUGUGGAGCUGUGUUUUACAUCUAUAUAUAUAUGUAUCUAUAAAUGUUUUUGUGAAUGCUUGUUUUCCUUCAUUUACACAUUAUAAUAAAGUACAAUCAGUAAUAA